CUGAGCAGCGCGAUCAGUACUUCAUUCAACACGUGAAAUGACGGUCAAAAAAUUAUCCGAAGAAAUGGCAGAAGAUUUAGCAACAAAUAUGGAGGAAUCGGGCCCAGAACAGGUAACCGAUGGAGUUACUGGAACGCCAAAAGAAGCCGCUUUGCGAGCACUCAUGGAACGAACGAAGUUUCCUAUACGUCAGUGUAAUGGUCAAAGAAGAUACGGCCCUCCUCCGGGUUGGGAUAGACCGAUUCCUCCACGUGGAUGUGAAGUUUUUGUUGGGAAAAUUCCCAGAGAUUUAUACGAAGAUGAACUUGUUCCCGUCUUCGAGACGGCCGGCCCGAUUUACGAGGUUAGACUUAUGAUGGAUUUUAACGGGCAAAAUCGAGGCUACGCUUUCGUUGUUUACACAAGCAAAGACGACGCCAAGAGAUGUGUGAAAACCCUGAACAACUAUGAAAUUCGGAAAGGCAAGUGCAUCGGCGUGUGUUCGUCCGUCGAUAAUUGUAGGUUAUUUGUAGGAGGGAUCCCAAAGAAGGUGAAAAAGGACGAAAUAAUGGCAGAGGUGUCGAAAGUUACCGAUAAUGUUGUGGAUGUGAUAGUAUAUCCGUCGGCGCAAGACAAGACCAAGAAUCGAGGCUUCGCUUUCGUAGAAUACAUUAGUCAUCGGGAUGCUGCCAUGGCUAGAAGAAAACUCAUGACUGGAAAAAUACAACUAUGGGGACAUCAAAUCGCCGUAGACUGGGCUGAACCAGAACAAGAGGUCGACCAAGAAAUUAUGGAUCAGGUUAAAGUGCUUUACGCGAGAAAUCUUUUAUUGAGCACGACUGAGGAAACAAUAGAACAAGCGUUCAGCAAGUUCGGGGAAGUAGAACGCGUAAAAAAGAUCAAAGACUACUGUUUUAUUCACUUCCGAACCAAGGAACAAGCCAGGGACGCCAUGGAAGCAAUGAACGAGACAGAACUUGAUGGCAAUGAGAUUGAAGUCACCCUCGCAAAACCUGUUGACAAAGACCACCGUCAGGCCAAAGCUGCUGCCAAGGCCAUGAUGACAUACAACUUCGUGCCAUCGUAUGAUUACUCGCCUGCCCUGGCCUUUCCUGGAUAUGCCCCCGCUCAGUACAUCCCUUUCCAGAACUCCCUUGUCAAUGGUGUUGGCCCUGGAAUUGGAAGAGCGGCUGCUGCCACACCUUCAUUUGGAGGCGCUGUGAGACCAAGGGGGCGUGGCCGCAGUGCUGCUGGAAGUCGAUCAGCUGGUAACAAGUACUACUUCCCAGGCAGCCCACUCCUGUUCCGUGGCUACUAUGGUACUCCUAGCAUGAGACCAGGUUUCUAUGGUGAUUACAAGAAGAGUCAAGAGGAGCAGUUGUAUGAUUUAUUGCCUGGGAUGGAACUCACCCCUACCAAUCCCAUGACCCUGAAGCCAAGCUCCCUCAAGCCCCCUGGCCAGAUUCUUGAGGAUGUGUGUCAGAAAAACCAGUGGGGCAGCCCUGUGUAUACACUGCACAGUACACUUGGUCCCCAGGAAGUCCAGCUCUUCCUUUACAAGGUCUCAAUACCAGGCCUGGCCACUCAGUACCAGCCCCCAAAGUUAUGCCGCACAGUUGAAGAAGCCAAGAACUAUGCAGCCGAACACACACUUCAGCAACUAGGGAUCUCUUUAGAGGGUAUGUCUAGCGUCAGACAUCCCAGUUACUUCUGGAGCACCAGUCCCUACUACCGUGGCCUAUCAAGCUCGCCCUAUGGCACCAGGCCCAGCCUACAGUAUUCACAAUAAUGGCCUCCCUGUCACCUCGGCCGACACCGCCUCCUACCCGGCUGGAUUUGUAUCCAUUACACAGGCUCCACCCAGCAGCCCUGGGACGGCAGUUGUCGCCAAGAUGUGGCCCGCUGGGGGAGUACCCCCCAGUCAGGAUGGCAACAUCUACAGCGGCUAUGAAGGCUACCAAGAACAACAACCCUAUCCACAGAAUGUCUAUCAAUAUUAGAGGAUAUUGAAAGCUAUUAGUAAGUAGAGAGAGUAAACAUUAUGUCAUAUAUCAGUUCUUUUCACUGGGCAAGUUUUACACAUCUUGAGCUGGUUCAAGCUACAUAAACGGGUUCGUUUAUAUGUAUAAAGUAACUAUUUUGUGCUUGACUUCAGCCUUGCAAAGUCUGCCUGAAUAAUUUCCAUGCAUUAUACGUGCAGAUCUCCAGUCUGUUGGUGAAUAGAUGGAGAAUUUUUUCUUGAUAAAAUUGGGCAAUAUUUGGAAGGGUUAGCUCAGGCGCCCAAGAAUACAACAUAUUCGUAAAUGCCCCCAGGCUCUAAAGUACUGAUUAGAAUUGAUCCAAAUGCAUAAUUCUCGUUUGUAAAAAGAACGCCAUCAAAUCCAAUUAACAUUCCUAAUCAAAUUUACGCUCAUCUUCGAGCGAAACACGGAGUGGUGCAUUUUACUUAGACAAUUUUACACUGUUUUGUGUAUUUUUCAACUAACGGUUUACUAAAUAUUUUAUUUCUAUGUUAUUCCCUUUCAACUUAAGGUUGCUUGGGUCACAAACAAGAUAAAAGAGAGAGAAAAAAGAAGAAAAAUAAAUUUUAGUUUAUAUAUUUUUUAGGAGAAAAUGCUUGGAUAUUUAUAGAAAGUGGUUCUUUGGUCGAUUUUGUUGUGAGAAGAAAGUGCUCUGUAAAUAAAGCCAGGGAAAUUACGUACACUUACGCACAAAACGGACAAAAUAUUGCCUUGAGCCUGGUAGUCCAUGGGCUAGCAUUAGAAAUAAUUGUAUUUGGUGUCUGUUUGUACAUAAAAAAGUCCUUUUACAGUCUGCUAACAGGGCUGUGAAAAUGUAUUCCGUGUGUCUAAGAUCUCAUUACUUAGUCUCUGUUUGCUUUUUUUUGUUCCAGUCCAUUUUUCCCCACUUAUUGGAAUAAUUUUAAGUACCACAUGAAAGCACUUUAGAAAUGAGAGCUUUCUGUCAUAGAAAAAGGUUUUCGGCUAACACCCUCGAAGCCUUCAAGGCAAUCCUUCAAGAAUAUAAUGAGGUAUACACGAGAAAGUAUAUAUAUUUUUUGUUUUUAAGAGAAGGUAAUCUUCAUAUAUACUAGAGAGAAAAUUUUAUACGAGUUUUGAAAGAGAGCAAAGCGGGAGCGAUAAAACUUAUAAGAAUUAAUUUACAAAAGCGAAACAAAAUCGUCCAAACUAUACAGUCUGAGAUAGCCCGAGCUAGGAUAAAGUCAUUUAGAGUAGUUUAGAUUAGUUAAGAUAAGUAUUAAUCAACACAUUACGUGAAUAUUCCAUAUUUUAAUUGUUAUUGUUGAUUCUUGUGGCCAGACCGUGAAAAUGCGAGAGGAGAACUUAGCUCAUUUACCAAAGAAAUGUGGACAGAAAUAAGCGUAAAAGUUCACUAAGUUUGUUCCAAACUAGUGGAACUCUAUAUGUUCGUUUCUCUUAAUUCUGAGUAAAGUUUUCAAAAGGCUUACUUAUCCUCUCCCGAAAACAAAUUUCUCACCAUGAAAAAUAAGGCAGGUCUUAUUAUUUCACUGGAAUUCACGGGAGAGAAGUAUUUAUCGCCUGGUUUAAGUGUAUGUAAGGUCUAGAGGGAGGUCACACAUAAAAUGUAAUAAAAAAAAAAAAUCAUGUAAUUCGGUACGAUUACGGCAAAGGCUAUCCAAUAAACGGACGGUAGUACCGAG